CACAGAGCUUUCUUGAGAUGUGUUGGCUCCGGGUCCUCAGCUGUUAUCUCAGAAGCCUAUUAUAAUGAUGGACUUUUAGGAAAUAUUAACUGAGAUAUUUAACAAUAAUAUUUGUAUUUGCCAUCCUUGAGUGGUGGCACAAAUCUAAAAUGUUUAGUGAUCAGCAGUUUUUUUUUAUUACGAGUUAAACUAUCUUUAACGUUUAAGGAUUUCUCUUUAAAGUCCGGUGUCAGAUUAGGCCGUGCAGCAAAGACUGUCAGAAGAUGAGAUCUGCCUUAUUGAUGCUUAUGUGUCUCCACAGUUGUGUGUCACAUGGUUACAGAAUUGAGAACAUCCAGCAGUGUGGAGCACACUGUAAUAAGGGAUUGCUCUGUAAAUCCAAACGUUCUUUUUCUUUUGCACGAUGCAAGAAACCGCCCAAAGGCCUCCAGGACAAUGUAUUCCUCAACAUGAGUGUCUCCACGGUGAUGAAGUGUGAGGGGCGGCAGCAGUGCUCACCUUUUCUCCAAGUGAGCAGCACUUUGUUGAUGAAUGAACACGUGAAGGGCAUUUCCAUGUGCACAAUGGCAGCAGGCAUGAUGGAACGAUGCAGGACUCUUAGGUUCCCCAAAGCAGCACUGAAACGGCUCAGUGCACGGCAGGUUGAAGUUCAAGACAACUGCUUUGAAGUAGGUGUAGGACAGGAUCUCCGUGUGACACUGAAAACACUGCCUGAAUUCUGCAAUUCGAGUGUUUCCAAAACCCACAAUGUCCCAGGAUGCAGCCAUGUUGACCUUCAAGGCAAUGUCCCAGAGUGCAUUGCGGGGAAAAUAACAUACCAGCUGGACUCUGAUAGAAGAGAGUUGUCUGUGUCAGUGACGGACAUGCUGGAGAACACAGACUACAACCUCAGGCUGUGUCACAAGGGAUACCUCUGCCGUGGGACUGGAGCCUAUGAACUUUUGAAAAAGGAGGAUCCAGUAAAGAAUGCAGUGCUGCAGUAUGCCAGACCACUGCCUUGUUUGUGCAUUGAGGGUUGGUCCUCUGUGUUUGAUGCACCUCGAAUCCAAGUCUGCCCCUUUAAGAAUAAUAUGGAGGAGUUGUGGUCUGGCGUGGCCUUUGAUUCAGUACAGCAGAUAUUAUCGUGGGAACCAGCAUGCCAGACUGAGGUUGUCGUCACCUUGUGCCAAAAAACUGGAGAGAGUGUCUGUCAGAAUCUGGCGGAUGCAUCUCAAUCUGUUACCAAGGGGAAGGUUUUGUUCUCUACAGUGGAUCCACACCCACAGCUUUGCAUGAAGUUUACCACGAAAACGGCUUCCUGGAUAAAGUGUCCAUUUGCUGGUAGCAAUUUUACAGCCUGGGACAUAGGAGUGGUCAUGGAGAAUGUCACGCCACGGCUGCUGGUGACAUCCAAGAUCAGACCCACCCUUUCGCUGAGUGUGUGUAGGAGGACUGGGCCUGUGGCAUGUGAGGAACACAACGAUGUCAUCACCUUCACCGCUGUGAAAUAUCAAUCGCUGGUGCCCAACCUCAGCUUGAGUAUGUGUGCUCCAAACUGCUGCAUUCAGGCAAGAAGAGUUGAUGUGAAGUAUGCUGCCAUUGUUCUCCACUGUGACUUCAGAUUCACUGCCACUGGAGAGGCCCCAGGCUCCGUGCGGUCCGGUCCCCCCUGGGAGAGCGCCUGUUUCAUUGCCCCAGCUGUGGGAGUUCUGACUGCACUGCUUGUGGCCAUCCUCAUGCUUGGGACUGCACUCACCACUAUCAUAGUUUAUCAGAAUCAAUGCGGUGCGAAGAUAUGCCAUGAUAUCAGCGCUAGUCAACACAAUGCUGCCCAGUGCUCAACAUCUGUCCAUUGGCCCAGUCCAGGCUCAGUGAACGCAUCUUCUGCUCACAACACACUGCCGCCCACUCACUAUCACUACCCAGCUUUUGAAGAUAUACCUAAUUUAGAGAACAACGAAAAAACAAAUCUGCUGAAUUGGGUCAAAAAAGAUUCAACAGUUUAGUUGAAGUGCUGUCAAUGUAAAGUUACUAUCUCAUGUAGGUGCUGAUAAUGAGUUUUAAGUCUUAAAGUUUUAAGACUGCAAGGAUCCAACAAUUACUUACACUAGUGUCAGUUGAGACCUAGGGCCCCAUUUUGACAGCAUAAACGGCAGCGCCAAAGGUAAUUAAUCAAAGGUUUGGUUGAAGCCAACCAAAAAGCAAUGUUGAGCAAUCUCUUUAAAACUGAAUGGUUUAGAUUACAGUGUAAGAAGAUGGUUAUAUCGCCGCAGGUUCUGGACAGUGUUCACCAAGUGCUCUUUUACAAGGAUUAAACCGUAGUGCUUCUUCUGUUGGUCAAAACUAUUCAAAUUCGUUGAUACAUAUAAUUGUAGCUGGCCGCAUUCCUUCAAACUGGCUGUUAUAUUGUUAUUCUGGGUAUGUGAUUUUGCUCACUUAGAUUCCAUGACAAGCUAGCGUUAUUUUGGUUAAGAUCAAUAUAGCCCAUCUCAUGUCCAAUUUAUUUAGGCCUUCAUUGUAAAAUGUCCAAACGUGCAAUGUGCAAAUAUCAACACAUGUGAUACAUAUUAAAUUUAAUAAUCUAAAUUCGUCUAACGGAACACAUUUGCAACUUCGGCGCUAGGUGCUGAAAAGAAAAAAUGCAUAGCUGGGCUGAAAUGUGAAAUGUUUCAGCAGACAUUCUGGCACUUGCUGUGGUGUGGUGACUUAUGGGAGCAGAAGAAGUCAGCUCUACUUUCUAUAGAAGUAAAAGUUUUUAGAUGAUAACCCGGGUUUUCCGGGCUAUUUAUUUAAAUAUUUAUUCUUUUUUAAAAGACUGCCAGGAUAACAUAAUGCGCCACUCUUGCCAAUGAAGGGAACGUUAUAUUUUUUGGCAGAUAGAUAAAUCAGACUUGGUCACUGAUGGUUUCUGAUUGUCAGCCAGCUGUUUCCGCCAGCCGUUUUCACUGUCAAAAUACGGCCCCUAAUCUGAAAGAGUAACCUACUUAUAAUAUUGUAGUUGCUGUAGUGGUUUCCAAAUGUUAGUAGCAUUACAUCAUCCAAAUAAUGGGUUUUUAAAAAUGAUGUCUGGCUUAGUUUAGUGUUAAAAUGUUUGAUGAGAGAAAUUAGUGAAUUAAGUGCCUUGUAUGGUCGUCUGACUAAUAAUUCACUAUGUACAGAAGCAUAACACUGCCAUUUGUAUUGUAAGAUAUAUUUUUUGUAAUCUUUUUGUAUCAAGUUCAUAUUUAUUUAUUCAUGUAUUCAUCCGAGAACAUAAUUCCCUUGCAGUGGCACCCUGAGAAAAGGGACACUGAAACUUUAAAGGUGCAGUCCGCGAUUCUAAUCCCAUCCACUUUAUACACCGCCCUGGUGCUGCAUAUGAGAAACAGACUUAGUGGCUCAGACAGAGCCAUAAACAGUCCCAACCAAUCAACACGGUGCUUCAGGUGCACGGAAGGGGGAGGUGUCAUUUGAUUGGCUGUUCAGCUCAAGUAUCAACAACCUUUGGGAAACCAAAUCGUGGACUGCAUCUUUAAGAUAACAUUGUUACUGUAAUGGGAAUGACACGUAAGUUGUUAAUAAAACACAUCUGAUAAAA